AUGUCUAAUCUCACAUUUUCGUGUGCUCUUGUCACCGGCGGAGGAGGUGGCCUGGGCAAGGCCAUAGCCGCGUACCUCCUAAGCAAAGGCAAAAAGGUCAUCAUCGCAGGCCGUACGGAGAGUACACUACGAGAGACAGCCAAAGAGAUCGGGGCAACGGACUAUUUCACCUUGGACACGGGCGUGACCUCACAAAUCCCAUCGUUUAUCAAAACCGUCACGGCAAAAUACCCCGACCUCGAUUGCCUGGUCAACAACGCUGGCGUGCAACGUCCACUAGAGGUCCUCAAAGACGAUCCAACCGACUUCCUAGCAAAGGCAGAUCAAGAGAUCGAUAUCAACAUCCGCGGGCCAAUGCAUCUUACUCUUGGCCUUUUGGAGCAUUUCAAAAGCAAGCCCAACGGCGCUACAAUCAUGAAUGUUUCUUCCAUUCUAGGGUUUGUGCCUUUCUCCGUCAUUAACCCUGUAUAUAAUGGGACCAAGGCAUGGCUGCAUUUCUGGAGCAUGACGCUUCGUACUCAGCUUGCACGCGGUGGGUAUGAACGGGUUAGGGUGAUUGAGAUUGCGCCGCCUUCGGUGGGAACAGACCUGCAUCGGGAUCGGGAGGAUCCGAAUGAUAAUAAGAAGGAUAAGAAUCCCAAUGCACUUUCUGUGGAGGAGUUUAUGGGGUUCUUUACUUCUGCUUUGGAGCGUGGGGAUAGUAUGAUUGCUCCUGGGAUGAGUCAGGGUGUUGUGGAUAAGUGGUAUGCGGAGUUUGGGUCGAUGUAUGAUACGUUGACGGGGGAGAAGAAAGCAUCGAAAUAGGAACUAGGGAAGGCUUUUGAUACCAGACAGGGCAUCUCUUCUGCAUAGCCAGUCAUAUACAAAACACAAGGCUCUUACAGGUUAUCGCGUGCAAUCAUGAUUUCAUCCUCCAUCCGGAAGCAUGGGCGGCUCGUUGUAGAGUGAGGUAGUUGUAGGUGCUAAUCACUUUGCUAUAACAAAGGGAGAGCAUCGUUUAAAUUAGGGCAGUUUUCUGGUUAGAGCAAUGGAGCAG